GUAGAGCUAAAGAAUAGGGCCUAACCAUGUAAUAUACUAAUAUUGACCGAAUAACUCCUAAUAAUGACGAAGUUACCCUUGUAAGAGUAAUACAAAUUGAGUAACCCUUGUAACACUAACGACUAAUGAGCCUCAUGAGUUCUACUCCAUAUAAAAGUUGGUGGGUGUAUAAUGAAAUACAAGAGAGAACCUAUUAUAUACCCCGUAAUAAACAAAUAUUUUAAAUAAAAUCACUUUUUUUUUUUUUUAGAGAGCUACAAGGGCGGGUUGAGAAUCGAUCAUAGGUCCUGAAACUGGGAGUUAAACUACGUGUCUAUGGGAAGAAGAUUUCGAAUUUAUUCUCUAAAAAAAAUAAAAAUAAAUAAAUAAAUAAAAAAAAUUACCGUAUAGUUUAAAAAUAACUUCAAUCUGGAACAGCAAUUUAAGAUUUCAGUAUAAACAUCAAAUUUCAUGGAUCAGAGCUUGUUGAGUGUUGCAUAUGAGUCAUAAUAUAGCAAAGUUUGUCACAAAUGGUUAUUACAAAGAAGCUUUACAUUUAUAUUCACACCUUCGUUCUUCUUCUUUACCCAUUAACCAUUUCUCCUACCCAUGUCUUCUUAAAUCAUGCGCCAAGCUUAAUUAUCCUCUUCAAGGCCAAAUCAUUCAUACCCAUCUCAUCAAAUCUGGGUUUUACUGCGAUACAUACGCCUCAACUGGUCUUACUCAUGUGUACAUGAAAUUUCGACAACUGAAAUAUGCAAUCAAGGUGUUUGAUGAAAUGCCUCAACGAAAUGAGGCCUCUGUUAAUGCUAUGAUUUCUGGGUUUGCUCAGAAUGGGUGUUUUGGAGAAGCUCUUGUGGUUUUUAGAGAGGUUGGGUUAAGGAGGUGUAGGCCUAAUUCGGUUAUGAUUGCUAGUGUGUUGUCAGCUUGUGAUGGUGUUGAGAAUGGUAGUCAAGUUCAUUGUUGGGCUGUAAAGAUUGGUGUUGAAAGGGAUGUUUAUGUUGCAACUGGGGUUGUGACAAUGUAUAUGACUUGUUCUGAAGUGGUCUCGGCCACGAAAGCAUUUGGAAUGAUGAAAUACAAGAAUGUGGUGAGCUAUAAUGCUUUUAUAUCUGGAUUAGUUCAGAAUGGUGUUUAUCGCGUUGUUUUGAAGGUGUUUAGGGGUAUGUUUGAGUCUUCUAGUGAAGGGCCUAAUGCAGUUACUUUGGUUACAGUUUUGGGUGCUUGUUCCAAUGUCACUAAUCUUCGCUUUGGAAGACAAGUUCAUGGGGUUGCUGUAAAAGUUGGAUUACAGUUUCAUAUCAUGGUAGGAACUGCACUUGUAGACAUGUAUACUAAAUGUGGUUCUUGCUCCGGUUAUCAUGUUUUCAGAGAAAUGAAGGGUAAUAGGAAUCUGAUUACAUGGAAUUCAAUCAUUGCCGGUAUGUUCUUGACUGGUGAUUGUGAUACUGCCCUAAAGUUGUUCUCUGAAUUGGAAUCUGAAGGAUUGGUACCAGAUUCGGCAACUUGGAAUACAAUGAUCAGUGGAUUUUCAAAACAAGGAAAUUAUGAGAGCGCAUUGCAGUUCUUCACUGAGAUGGUAUCAGAAGGAAUUACUCCAAGUUUGAAGUCUCUUACUAGCCUUUUGGAUGCAUGUUCCAUGAUCUCAUCUCUGCAGUUGGGAACUCAGAUUCAUGCAGCUGCCAUAAGAGCUGAUAUCAGUAAUGAUGAGUUCUUCACUACUGCUCUCAUCGACGUGUACAUGAAGUGUGGGCAAUCUUCUUGGGCACGCAAGAUUUUUGACCACUACAAAGAUAAGCCUGACGACCCAGCUUUUUGGAAUGCAAUGAUUUCAGGAUAUGGAAGAAAUGGCGAAGAAAAUUUUGCAUUUGAAAUUUUUAAUCUAAUGCAGAAAGAGAAUGUCAGGCCUAAUAGUAGCACUUUUGCUAACCUACUGACAGUCUGCAGUCAUGCAGGUCAACUUGACAAAGGAUUACAAGUAUUUGAGAUGAUGACUACAGGGUAUGGCCUGAAACCAACUCAGCAGCAUUUUGCUUGUAUCAUUGACCUAUUGGGUCGAUCUGGGCACCUUCAGAAAGCUCAAGAAUUGAUACAGGAAAUCCCUGAAAUUUCAAGUUCUGUGUAUUCUUCAUUGCUUGGUGCUGCAGGGCACCAUUUGGAUCCAAAACUUGGUGAAGAUAUGGCAAAGGAACUUUCUGAGUUGGAGCCUGGAAAUCGAGCUACAUUCGUGGUUUUAUCCAAUGUAUAUGCAGCAGUGGGUAGGUGGGCGGAUGUUGAGAGAAUCAGGAAUAUGAUUGAUGUGAAGGGACUGGAGAAAUAUCCUGGCUAUAGUGUGCAAAUAACCUGAAAUGAUCCUCAUAUUUACCCUGACAGGCAACCAGAGAUGCCACACAAUUACCGGCACCUUGUUAAGGGAGGAAAAGGCUAUCAGCCUAUUCUAGUAUAGCAGGAAGAUGAAGAAUCCAAUCAACAAAGGACAUUGCACUUCGCGAAGAGUUCUUGAAAACAUUCGACAAUCGACUGAACUAGGAGAAGCAAUGCCACUGAAAAUGGAAAUUUCACUGCUUAAUGUGCACAAGAUUUAAGGUCCACUGUAAAUGGUUUUUCUGCUGAUCUUUGAAAUGCCACAAGAUUUUGAACGGUUGAAGGUACAUAUUCUUAACAGAAUUGCUGUGCACUGCUCCUAUGUGUUCGAUAACAUUGAUUUUGC